AUGGGGCCCAUACUGUUGUGCGUAAUUUUCGUCGCGGGCGUGUACUUGAUGAUCACGUUUUACCUGCACGUAUCCGAUUAUUUGGAGUCCAACACGGCCCUGAGGCACAUACCGAACCCCGGAAAUUUGCCCUUCGUCGGCUUGAGCUGGCAGUGGAGCAGAAUAGCGCCAGAAAACAGAUUCAAGUGGUUCAACGAGCUCUGCUACUCGUUCAAGCGGGGCAUCAUAGUGACGUGGUUCGGAUUGCAUCCCAUUGUCAAUGUACGAAAACCCGAUCAAAUAAAGACCGUAUUGAAGAGCUACUGCUUUGUGCAAAAGUCACAAAAGUACAAACUCUUGAGGCCGUGGUUGGGAAAAGGUCUAUUGAUUUCAAAUGGUAAAUAUUUCAAUAUUAUAUGA